GGUCCCUUGUUUUCCCUGGCUGGUUUCGUUCAAGAGUGACGGAAGCUACGCCGGCGGCUGAAUUUCUUGACCUGGCAUUUUUUCGCAGCAAAAUCCCACCGCCCGACCAAAACAGUGACUGUCUUAGUGUCCGCCAUAAUAACAUAACGCCUGCUUGUCCUGACCGGACUUGACCUGUCCUAAUUCUAAUUCUCCUUCCCACGCCAUCACCACCUUUGAACGAACCUCACCCCAUUCCACCACUCAUCCCUCUAUAUCUUCUGGUAAGCUACCUAAUGUUUUGUCUGCGCCGUUGCCCUUGAUUCUUGAAUCGCAUACUCCCCCCUCCGUCGACUCGCCUGUAUUGUUUCCCCCUCCCUCUCUGCGCCCACUCCGUGUAUGCGGUAACCCCUGAUUGUUCUGGUCAUUGGGCCUUUUUUUUGGGUUUAUUCUGGCCCUCUGCCCACUCUGCAGGCCUCUUUUCCCCGGCUUCGGUUAUCGUGCACCCUUGAUUGCUUUCUUCUCUCCCCCCUAUAUACCACAGGUGUUUCUGUUUACUUGCUUUCGCUCUUCCGUCCAUCUGGCCAUUAUUGAACAACAAAAGCAUUUCGACUAUUGAUCAUUCUGACACCGCUUUUUUCCCUUUCCAGUCCUCGAACUACAUCCUCGCCACCGCCAAUAUGGGUCUCACUUUCUCGCGGCUGUUCGAUCGUCUGUGGGGCAGAAAGGAGAUGCGAAUUCUCAUGGUCGGUCUCGAUGCUGCCGGUAAAACCACCAUCCUGUAUAAGUUGAAGUUGGGUGAAAUCGUCACCACCAUCCCUACAAUCGGUUUCAACGUCGAGACCGUCGAGUACAAGAACAUUCAGUUUACCGUGUGGGAUGUCGGUGGACAGGACAAGAUCCGUCCUCUCUGGAGACAUUACUUCCAGAACACCCAGGGUAUCAUCUUCGUCGUCGAUAGCAACGAUCGGGAUCGUAUCGUCGAGGCCCGGGAAGAGCUGCAGCGCAUGCUGAACGAAGAUGAACUCCGUGAUGCCCUCCUCCUUGUCUUUGCCAACAAGCAAGAUCUGCCGAAUGCCAUGAGCCCCGCCGAGAUCACCCAGCAGCUUGGUCUGCAGAGUCUCACCCGCCGUCCCUGGUACAUCCAAUCCACCUGCGCCACCACUGGUGACGGUCUGUACGAGGGUCUGGAGUGGCUCGCCGAGACGCUCCGCAAAACGAACCGGGACAGCUAGACUGUUGUUAUGUCAUUAGAAGGAUGAUCUGGAUGGUUGACUGGGAGUUGGGGAUGAUGAAUGAAGAACCGGGGCUGGCAACGACACCCCGUGUAGGGCAGGAAAUGCUACGUGGCGGUGCUUGUAUGUUCUCUUAACGGCUCUUCAUUCCUCUAUGCAAUUAGCUUUUUGUGUUUUCUUCGUUCAUCCCGGCGUCGAUCUCAACGCAUACUCCUGUUAAAACAUCUUUUCCUUUUCUUUUUUCCCUUUGUGUCUUUCCCCUUUCCCAUUUUGCCUCUUCCCCCCUAUUAUUUUUUAUUUUUUUUUUACUUGAUUUUCCUUGUGUUUUCUACUCUACUGGCAAAACUUGAAUAUUUACGAGCCACCGUGAAC